AUGGAGGAUCAUUCCAGUGCAAAAUUAAAACCUUAUGUUAAAGGUGGAGGUGGACUAGCAAGUUUGGAUUUAAGUAGAAAAGGACUCUCCAGGGUACCUGAUGCAGUCACUGAACUGACUGAAGUGGAGGAAUUUAGGCUGAAUUACAAUAACCUGACUGAAUUACCAACAAGUAUUAACAAGCUGAAAAAUCUUAUCAGGCUCAAUUUGAAUAAUAACAAACUUACAGAACUUCCAUCUGAGAUUGGUGACUUAAAGGAGCUGAGGUGGCUGGAUGUGUGUAACAACCAGUUGGUUAGUUUACCUACCAGUAUACAGAAGCUGGACCAGCUUAACGGGCUGCACUUGUAUGGUAACAAACUCACAGAACUGCCCUCUGAGAUUGGUGACUUAAAGGAGCUGUGGAGGCUGGAUGUAAGUGGAAACCAGUUGGUUAGUUUACCUACCAGUAUACAGAAGUUGAACCAGCUUGAGAGGCUGUACUUGGAUGAUAACAAACUUACAGAACUGCCUUCUGAGAUUGGUGACUUAAAGGAGCUGAGGAGGCUGGGUGUGAGUAACAACCAGUUGGUUAGUUUACCUACCAGUAUACAGAAGCUGAACCAGCUUGAGACUCUGUACUUGUCUGGUAACAAACUUACAGAACUGCCUUCUGAGAUUGGUGACUUAAAGGAGCUGAGGAGGCUGGGUGUGAGUAACAACCAGUUGGUUAGUUUGCCUACCAGUAUACAAAAGCUGAACCAGCUGGAGAAUCUGUACUUGUCUGGUAACAAACUUACAGAACUGCCUUCUGAGAUUGAUGACUUAAAGGAGCUGAGGAGGCUGGGUGUGAGUAACAACCAGUUGGUUAGUUUACCUACCAGUAUACAGAAGAUGAACCAGCUUGAGACUCUGUACUUGUCUGGUAACAAACUUACAGAACUGCCUUCUGAGAUUGGUGACUUAAAGGAGCUCAAGAGGCUGGGUGUGAGUAACAACCAGUUGGUUAGUUUACCUACCAGUAUACAGAAGUUGCACCAGCUUGAGAAGCUGCACUUGUAUAAUAACAGACUUACAGAACUGCCUUCUGAGAUUGGUGACUUAAAGGAGCUGAGGAGGCUGGAUGUGAGUGGAAAUCCUUUAUCUAUGGAUGCAAUACAUGUUCUAGAGAUGAAGAAAAAGGGAAUGACCAGAUCGGUUAUUACAGGUGGGUGUGGGAAUAAUUUUCAAUGAAAUUGUCAUCAAUAAGUCAGUUUUUAGAAUGGUACUUAGUAUUAUUUAUGAAUGGAAAAUAUUUCAAUUUAUGAAGUGCCAUUAUUUUUGUCUUUGUUUUUAAUAAGGCUCGAGCAAAAUUGAAAAUAGCCAAAAGAAACCUUCCUUCAUACUUUUUGUAGUCAGUUGUUAAUAGUUUCAGAUGAAACUACUCACUGUGGCAUUUGCUUGACAGCUAUCAAAAACCUGCGCUGAGCAUCAGUGGAGAAAAGUUUGGACCGAAUUUUUGAAACAAAUACGUGUAGUUAAAAUUAGUUUUACUUCAAAUGAACAUGCCAUCCUUUCUCGCAACAAAAACGUUAACAGUUUUUCUACACGCCCCUCCCCCCACCCACUGAUGACCUCUGUUCAUUGUCAUUUAAAAGAGGAAGGGAAAAUGUCUUUUUACAAGGCCAAAGAAGACAUUUAUUUAUGAACAAAAGUUGUAACAGAAUGUAAAUCAGUAUUUUACCCGAUAGCUUUUUGCAUGCAUGCAAGCAAAUUUCAGAGGAUUACUUCGAGUCGUUUUGUCCUUUCAGCAACAGAGAGAAAACUAAAGUAUUAAAUCGUCUGAAAUUCAGGCUAAUUAAAAUGUAGGCUUGAGAAAAAAUUAGUUCUUUUGUGCAACUGUUUUUCGCCGUUAAAGUGCGGUGUGCGACAAACUAAGACUGCAGACUUGCAGACUGGCAGGUAAUCGAGGUAAACAUUUUUGUGGAACUUUAAGUCUAGUUUAGGGAUAGGGAAUCUGUUAGAGCAUUUCACAACAAUGUUUACCUCGAUUACCUGCUAAGUCUGCAAGUCUACAGUCUGCGUUUGUUGCACACCGGUUAACGGGGAACCCGCUUACUAACCCGGUUACCGGUUACAAAACAGUGUAUCUUUCUUUUAAUGUCAUUGGGGCGAUAUUAUGCGAGAGCCCAUUAACAGUUUGUGCUUCAACAGUCAGUUAUCGAGUAGAAUGACGAUUAUUGCAGUUCAAAACAGGCCUCGUGUGGUUAGCGGUUAAUUUACGCAAAUAAGUGUCCCCAGAUAACUUAGCAGGAUCUAAUAUGUUUUCCAGCAAAAGAGACUACUUCGAGUGAACCAUUUAGCAAUUACUCAGGGGCACCCAACGACGCUCAGUCCUUCUACAUACAGUGAAAACACUUUCUAGGCUAUCCAGAGAACUUUUAUGCAUUGCAAUCGGCGCUACAGAAUUUGAAUCUGUUCGGUCUAGCCUGCGUGGCAGGCGCAGAAAGGGGAGGGGGAGGGAGAAAAGCGCGAAAGCGGGGAAAAGGGGAGGAAGCCCCUUACCAACUCUCCUCAAUCCUCCUUCCCUUUUUCCAUUCCUCCCUAUCCCCUACCUUUUUCGACGCCUGCUACGCAGGCUAGUUCGGUCAUCCUAGGGCAACUUAAGUCUUUUCGAAAUUACAAGGGCUUCAGUAUUAUUUUUCCGACAAUUUUAGGUGCGAUUUAAAGUUUUACGAAAGUAAGAAUUUCUCUCCAUCAUAUUUUCGAAUCCGAAGAUUUUAGGUUUCGUUUUUCUACGAAAAAUUGCUUAACCAGGGGAGUGAAAUGAGUGAAUUAAACUUUAGAAUAUCGUAGGAAAUUUAUUCGAUAAGCCGCUUCGAAAAUUGUAAAUGAAUGGAGUGGUCAUCUAGAAAUUUUUAGCCUUUCCAUCCUUAAGCUACAGAAAAUUUAAGGCAUUUUUGCUUCCCCAAACAGAUAUUUUACGGAAAACAGUCAUUGGGUGCCCCUGAUUAUUGAAUGAGGGUGAGUAUGAUGUGAAGAAUUUUGCAGAUCGACGAGGAUGUUAGGUGGAUAACAGCCUCCGAGAUCUGCACAAUUCUUCACAUCAUAUGAAAGCCACUUCUAAUUUUGGGCUGACGUAACGUACAAAUGUCUGAUUACCAUUGUAGUUAGGUUUACUGCCUUAAGUGAGCAGAUGCAAGCUGGGUUAUUUUGAAUCUAACAACUCCUUCUGUGGCACCCAGUUGUCAAGGGGACGGGGUACUCCGGAUUUCAAUUUACGUGGAUGCUCGAAUGUGGAUACUUUUCCGCGUGUAACAAAGGAAAGAGGACACGUCUGCACGCAGGCUGUUUGUUCCAUUGAUGUCGAAUUCACUGAUUUCCACUUUUAAUAAAACAGAACAGUUUUUUGUGUGGGCAUACAAAGCUUUCUGGGAUGCUGUAUACGUAGACAUACAGACAUAUUCAGGUUUAUCCUAAUUUAUCUUAUCAUUGCAUCUUAUUUUCCGCAAGGAGUAAUGAGUAUGUCUGAAACUGGAAUGCUUUCGAAAGCUGGCACAGAUAAAGAAGUGGUUGAGACGGUGUUACCUGUGAAAGCCUGUAAAGAAGAGGCUGUAGAAGAGCCUGAAGAUGAAACCGAAGUUGAAGACAAUACGUAUGUCGGCGAAAGCAGAAGUGUCAUUACAGAGUAAGUACUGUUUGAAUAAACAUUCAUUGAACCUCCAAUGACGGCAACGGAAGCGAAAAGUAGCUAAAAGUUACGUACAAAGUACAUUUGUGUAAAGGUACCUCUGACGCGUUCGUCGACUUCUGCUGAGUCGUUUUUCAUCAUCAUCAUUUGCCAUCUACUAGUAGGAGAUCGGCUAUCAUGGAUCUCCAGCUGUUCCGAGUCCUUUUUAACGCGUCGAUUUUCAAAACUGGUGAUAAAAGAAGGCCUAUGGAUAACAAGCUUGAACAUUUUACCCAAAAAGAGAGAAAUUGACUUAGAUAGGCUACACUUAUUAACAAAAAGGAAAGUGGCAGUGAAACAUUCUUGUUCUUCACGAGAUCAGAUACCGAGACGUCUUGUUUUCGAUAUCUUUCCUUUUUCAUCCUUCCGCACACCAGUGAUCGGGGAAAUCGACCUUUCCUCUCUAGCCUGUGUACAGACGUCCCCACUCCCUCAGGAAAAAUCGGGAGAGGAGACGUCUGUGAAUCGCCGUCGAUAAUCGUGUUCAGGUAUAAAUUUGCAUAAAUUAUUUUUUGUUCUUUCGCUGACAGUUGAAAAGAAACAGGUAGGUCGAAAAAUAGCUCUGGCGUCUGUGCACAGGCUAGACGAACAUCUUCACGCAAUGUCCACCCAAAAAUCCAGAUAUAAGAUCUCUGAUUACAGUCAAGCCAGGUCAAGCGUACCUCCCUGGCCAAGAUCCAUUAAUGUAUUUAUUAUUCGAAAUUAAGUUGAACCGUUGGUAGUUGUAGAUUUCAGAUUCAUCUCUGAGUGCAUUUUUGCAUGCGUAAUGAGCCGUGAAUUUACACGCGAUUUAGUUACGAAAUUUCUACCAGCUCAGUUUCCCUGAAUUUGAUGUAAAUGUCUUCUAAGACAUUUAAUCCAUUCAAAGAUUUUCAAUCUGACCAAAUGCAGAGAAGUUCUCUUAAAAUAUUCACUGCUCAUUACGCGUACAGGAAUGCCGAUUUAAAUUUGACACCAGUUACGGGAACGACUAACGAUUCAUUUUUUCAAAUGAUCAAUUCAUUAAUAGAAUCUUUUUGGGGUAAGCUUGACCUGCCUUGGCUUUUAACGUUGGAUUUUGUAUGCCUCCUCUUUUAUUUACAAUACCGACCGGUACAGACAGACGCAUCCACAACUGGUGCAGCAAAACAUCGUUGGUAUUAACUUCUCAUGCCUUUUCGAGAGAGCCGGAAUACAAAUACCGGUAAACAAAUAUGAAUGUCCACAAAGGCUGAGCUUUCCCCCGGGGAAUCUAUUCUGAGGUUCAUUCACCAAUCACAACACCGGAAAUUAUUUGCGUCAUGGCAUUAACAUUACAACCAAUCAGAGGCUGUCCCCAACAUUCCGGGGAAACGGGAACACGAUUAUCGUCGGCGAUUCACAGACGUCUCCUCUCCCGAUUUUUCCUGAGGGAGGGGGGACGUAUGUACACAGGCUAUUCCUCUCCGGAGAGCGUUAGUUUAAAAGUUGCGUUUUAGUGCGUGUUUAAUUCUGAUACGAGUUAUAUCUGUAGCCGGAAGACUAAUUCCACGAAAAAAAGAUGCUUUUUUCAAAGAACCGAAAAAGGCGUUUGCUCUCGCAGGCUUGGAUACAUGUGGACGGGGCCUAAUGUUUUUAAGGUCUUUUAUUCCUUUGCACGGGUUGAGUGCACCGUGUGCACUCUACAUCUACAACAUAAGUUUUGCGUAAAAGGCAAAAAGUCUAUAUUUUACCCGGCGUUUUGAAUUUCCAGCGUGUGCGAGACCCAUUAGGAUUACAAUUACAUUCUUUUCACAAUGCUUAAUUUUUUAAUUAAAACAAUUAUCUGACUAGUCACAUGCAUCGAAUACCCCAUGGAAAAGUGUUUCGCUCACCGUAACGGUAAGCAUAAUAUAUUAUACACCGUAGACGAGCAUCCGACUGAGCGUCGCAGUCAAAAUUUAGUUAAGGUUCUGUUUUCGCAAUAGAAUAUUGUUUGAAAUCCGACAACGACAGACUUUGUUUAGUUUCUUUACUCAACGCUAAGGAUAGGGUAUCCUAAUUUUGGAGGAUAAAAGCAGCUAAGAGUUGAUGUUAAAUAAUAUAGUUAACAUUAUAUUAUAUUUAUAUUCUAGUACGACGAAAUCGUCAUAAAGAAGACUAUCAUUGAAAAAAAAAACAUUAUUGUCCAGUCUCUGUCCGCUAUCCCCCAAAAAGCUUCACAUAUUAUAUUCUCCCUUUAUUGUAGAUUUUACUCGAACAUUGAACUAGUGAAAACUGUGUUUUGAAAACAACCGACUAUUAAAAUUUUGGCUCAUUGCAGAAAAAUAGUGACCAGUGAAGGUACCUGCUGGGCCUUCAAACUAGGGGCUGUCCAUCUUAUAUUCCAUCCAAAUGCUGUGUCUGAGCCUACGUCAAUAGUGGUCUACAGAUGGAAAUCCAGUGUCUGCUCACCCCCCCUACAGGAACACGAGGCUAUUGUCAGCAAUGUUAUUGAACUAUCUUCCCACGAUGGCCAACGCCUGCAAUUCAAUACCAUGGUGACUUUGUCGCUUUCUCACAGCGCACCGGACCUACGUGGCUACGAAGUGGUGAUAAAAAGGCAGAUAAACAUGGAGACCAAUGAAUGGGAAGACGUGAGUGGAACCAAGGACUUACGCUGUCGCCAAGGUAUGGAAAUGUUCUCUAUGUAGCAGACUUAUGGCAACUAUAGAGAACCGUUUCGCAGAUCCUGUUUCUGUAAGCAGGAUGCGGUGUACGUCUUCUGUAUUGCUAAAGGUUUCUUUUCUUUUUUAAAGAUAGUGUUGUUAAGUGUUGCAGUUGCGCUUGCGCUCUCGAUCUGAAGCUUGAUUCCAGUCUUGAUUUCUAUGACGUCAGUCUUUUUGUUUUUUUUAGUUGGCAAAGGACGUCAAAGAAAGUGCAUGUGAUAGUCAUAUUUUACUUGUAUCUUUUAUCGGUAACAGAUAUCGAAGAUGAGCACCCGUCUCACAAGGAAAUACGAGACAUUUUCUUUCCCGUUGCUCAAGCUGAUAUAACUGAGUGCUCAACAUAUGCAGUGGUUUGCCGUCUCAAAUCUUUUUUUUUUUUUUUUUUUUUUUUUUUUUUUUUUAAAUUAAUUAAUUUAUUUAUUUGCGUCACUUAUUUACAUUACUUACAUAUAAAGCAUAUAGAUACAUGAUUACAUUGCUACUAUACAGUAAUUACUUAACAGUCCAGAUAUAUAAUACAGAGUAGCGAAAGUUACUUAAGUAGUUUUUGCAUACUCACGCGCACACCCACACACGCACACACACGCACCACGCACGAUUACUGAUUAUCCGCCUAGAAACGUCCUGAAAGAGCCUCUAGAGAGUUAGCGCGAUUGCUGUUCUCCGUACAUCUCGACAAAGGAAAUAAGACUAAAGAUCAUUUUCCUGGAUAAACGCUCCCCAUUUUGCAUUGAAAUUUCUUAAAGUCCCAGUUUUAAUUGCAUAACGUCUUUCAUAAUCAAGACAAUUUAGAAAGGUUCGAAAAAAGAGUUCCCAUGAAGGGUUAAAACCUUUUUGGUUGGAGAAAUAGAUGUGAUACCUCGCGAUUAAAAGUGCAUGAUGGAAAAGCAGGUUUGUAGUAUCGUUCACGAGGCCUAUGCAAGUCAAAAAGGAGAAUUCUUCGUUAAGAAAGCAAGAGCUUUUUUUCAUCCAGUUACUGAUUUCAUUCCAAAAAGAUUUAACGAAAGGGCAUUCCCAAAAGAGGUGCAAAAGAGUUUCCGAGCUUUCUUUACAGAAACUGCAUUGAUCAUUAGAUUUGAUUCCAAUUUUAAAAAGGAAAUAGUUCGUCGCCAAUUUUCUAUGCAGAAGUUUAAAUUGAAAUACACGUAAUUUAGAUUCGUUGGUACAUAGGAAAGCAAGGGUAUAUGACUUACCCCAAUCAAUCGUGUCAAAGUCACAAAAGUUGCAGUCUGUCAGCCAUUUUUCCUGACUUUUACAAGGGAUAGAGGCGGUUUGAGUUAGAAAAGAUUUGUAAGCUAAUUUACAGAAAGCUUCAGAGGAUAAUAGGCUUCUGGUGUCGGUUUUAGCACCGUUCAUUUGUGGACAAUGGUUUUUACAAAUAUCAACUAACCUACAAAUCUUUUCCUUUUUUUCUUCAUAGUUCAGUGUUAGAGAUUCGCCUUUAGUUGUAGAGAACCAGACCCCUAAGGCUUUAACUUUAUUAACAGGCCACAUAAUAUGUUGAAAACCCGGGAUUACUCUUCUUUGCAAACGCGAAGAGCCAAUCCAAAGAGCCUCUGUUUUUUCGUAAUUGAUUCGUAAGCCAGAGAUAGUUGCGAAAGAAUCUAAAAGACUAAAAGACUGGUGAACUGAGUUGUCUGAGCCAUCUAGGAUCAAGGUUGUAUCAUCUGCGUAUUGACUUAGUUUACAUUCUGUGCCUAAAACACAAAUGCCUUUGAUUUGAUCGUGGUUUCUUAUGGCAUUUCCUAGUAUUUCAACACAUAAAAUGAAUAAAUACGGGGAUAAAGGACAACCUUGUCUGACACCUCUAGUAAGAUUGAAAAAGGCGGAAGACCAACCGUUAUUUUGAAUGCAGCUGCUUAUAUCAUUAUAGAAUAAUUUAACCCAGGUAAUCAAGGAGUCACCAAAGUUAUAAUAGCGGAGAGUUUUUUCAAUAAAGUUCCAUUCCAAAGUAUCGAAGGCUUUCUCAAAAUCUAUAAAAAGUAAAAUGCCAGGGAUGUUCUGGCUUUCAGCGUAAGUUAUUAUACUGUCUAUUAACCUAACAUUUUCACCAAUUGAUCUACCUUUGAGGAAGCCCGUUUGAUCAUUGUUUAUCAAAUCAGGUAACACUUUUUUUAUUCUUGCUGCAAUUGCUUUUGUUGCAAUUUUGUAGUCGCAGUUUAAAAGGCUUAUAGGUCUCCAGUUUUUUAGAUGCUGUAGCGGUUUGUCUUUCUUUGGUAUCAGGGUUAUCAAUCCCCUGCGCUGCGAGAUGGAAAGGUGACCCUGGGUAAAAGACGAGUUUAAAGCGGCGAGUAAAAAUGUAGACAAAUCGUCCCAAAAAACUUUAUAAAAUUCUGCUGGAAAACCGUCCGUCCCAGGCGAUUUACCCGAUUCCAUUGUUUUUAGACUCUCUAAGCAUUCCGUUGCUGACAGUAGGCCUUCGCAAGAUUCUUUUUGAUUAUUACCUAGCUUUGUUUCAGUAACCUCAGGGAAAAAAAGAUUAUCAUAAUCACUGACAUCAACACUUGUAGUCGUGUAAAGAUGCUCAUAGUAGUUUUUGCUUCGUCUAGAAUCUCUUCGUCCGUCGAAAACUUCUUUCCAUUUGCGCUUUGGAGGUACCUAAUGGUUUUAUUAUUAAAGUGCCGCUUCUCCAGAUUAUGGAAAUAUUUUGUAUUCUUUUCUCCUUCAUUAUACCAUUUCACUUUUGAUCUAAGAAUAGCCCCUUGAGUUUUGUAGGCGAUUAUUUCUUCUAUUAGCUGUUUCUUAAUUCUGAGUUCAGUCCGUAUGUUUUCUUUCACUAUGUCUGAUACAUUACGUUCGUCAAGCUUAUUCUCGAGUGCUAAAACUUCUUCUUCUAACUGAUUUUCUCUAUUUUCCAGACGCCGUUUCCUGGCUGCGGCAUAAUUUAAAGAGGCUUCUCUAAUUUUCAUUUUGAUGACGUCCAAUAAUAAAAUCUCGUCAACUUCACUCUGGCCUUCAUAUUCCUUACACAAAUCAGUGAUAGUUGUUUGUAUCAACUCAGUGUAUUGGGUUUCAGUUUGGUGGUGUGUGUUUAAUUUCCAAUAACCUGGUCCUCUGGGGUUUUGGGCUGUGCUUAUGCGAAAUGUAAUCAUUGAGUGGUCUGUUUGAUAACCAGGCACUUUGUCGGCUUCCGUGAUCUCUGGGCAAAAAGAAAAACUAAUGAGGAAGAAAUCUAAUUGGCAUUGGAUCUCAGGGUUUUCCCUUCUCCACGUAAAACGCGUGGCCUCAGGGUUUAGUACGCACCAAAGAUCAGCCAGUUCAGAUCGUCUCUGAUAGCCUCUACUUCAUCUGUAGAUUUCAAGUGUGUCGUGGCAACACCCCCUUUUUUGUCUUUAGAACCAUCACAAACUUAAUUGAAGUUGCCACCAAAGACUACAAAAUCACAUUCAAAGGAGCACAGCUUGUCACACACGUUUCUAAAAGAGGCUGGAUUGUCCUCGUUAGGCGCGUAGACGUUUACUAGUUUCAUAAUUUUGUGCCCAGUAUCUAUGUCUGCAAUAAUAAACCUCCCUUCGGGGUCAGCAAAAUGUUUCAGAAUUUAAAAUUGAAAAUUGUUGUUGAACAGUAUAGCAACACCUGCCCUAGAGCUUGAGAAGGUUGUAAAAAUAGUUGAAUAUCCCCAUUCAGAAUGCCAAUAAGAUUCUGUCUCAUUUGUGCUACACUGUAUGCACCUCUGGCAAAAAGUAAAUACAGAACUUUUUUUCUUUAACCAUAAAAACGUUUCUCUCUGUUUAGUUUGUUUGACAAACCUUUGACGUUUAGGGAGCAAAUUACCAUAUCAUCAGGUUCCAUGGUGAAAAGGUGAGAAAGGAAAUCCUUUGUUGAGAGUGUCAAGAGAGCAGCUAUAUAAUUUAGCAUUAUAACUAGGCCUAGAUAUUUGCAAAUUGUACAAGGUACAUGAAAAGGACGGAUAAUAACACACAGAAGAACAUAAACACAGAUACAGACACAUAUUACAGUAAUAAAUCCUUUUGGGUUCCGUCGCUUUUGGUAAUAGCCCGAUCGAUGUUCCUAUAAAUAGAACUCCCUGACAUCGUUAUAAAUAAAAGGUUGAAAAAAAAAGCGUUAAAUAAGUGGAAAAGUAGCUGCAAAUAGAUUAUUUGGCAUUCGCAGAGAAAAACUUAUUAUUGAAAAGGAUAUCACUCUAUUGGUUCACCAGGGGCAAUGUACUUUCCGUUGACAUACAGUUUGUCUGGCUGAGCUUUACUGAAAUAGGCGGUAAAGCCUUUUUCUCUGGCCUUCUGCAACUUCUUCAUUUGUCCUUUCCUUGAGUCGUACAAUAAUUUUGGGAUGUCAUCGUAGACAUGGAAUUCCGUGUCCUUCAGAUGUUUCCGGGCCUGAUCCAUCACUAGUUCCUUAUCCCCAUAACGUAAAAAUCGUGCAAUGAUAGGACGCGAGCUUCCAUUUUUCGAUUUUCCUAAGCGGUGAAGCCUUUGGAAUUCAAUUUUUUGUCGCGCAUUUGGAAUCUUUAGUUGAUGUUCGAGAAAUUUAUAGAUAAUCCCUCUUGUAUCUUCUAUUUUUGCUUGCGCGCCAUUGUGAUCUUCGUCACCACCAUUCAUGUUGUCAACUUGCUCUUCUAGCAGCCCCACAAAUUUUACAUUUUCCCUCCUUGAGUAAGUCUCCAUGUAAAGAAGUUGUUUCUGGAGCUCGCAGACAUCCUGUUGUAACUUUUGGUUUUCAAGUUUUAAGUCGGAUAUGUCCUCCUCAUUAAAUUCGAUGCUUUCUUUCAGUUCAUUGACUGUUGAGCCAAGCUGUUUGGACUUUGUUUUGAGAUCUUCGACAUCCGAGUCCAGCCUGCUUACAUUUUCUUCAAUACUUGCUAGUGUUGUGUGCAUCUGACUCAAGCGGCUUUCAAUAGUAUCAAGCUUUUCUAACUUCUUAAGUACAGCUUCAAGCUUCGACCCUACACCUUCCGCCAUUUCUAAAGCUUCGAACACUUCGUCAGUCUCCGAUGCAGUUGAGUGUGCCUUUCCCUCGUCUUUCGAUUUUUUUUCAUCUGGAGAUGGCAAAGAAUCUUUGGAAGCUUUUGACCGGUUUUUGCGUUUGCCCAGCAUUAAAAAACUAUAAAUUUUCCACGGCGAUUCAGGGAGCUCGGCGAAACACGUUUACUCUCCCAUGUUACCAGUCCCAGUCCCCUCCAGUCCCAGUCCCCUCAAAUCUUCCCCGACUUUCACCAUCACAUCUACUGGCGGUUUAUUCAGUCAUCCUGAUUAUCCAGGAGUGACGGUUACAAUCCCUGAGAAUGCUGUUGCACCUGAGUCACCGUUUACCCUGGAGUUAAAGGUUGGUGUGACUAAAAAGGUCCAUUUUUUAUUAUAUAAAGAUAAGUGUUGAUAUGCAGGCAAAUAAAAUAAGCCCCAAGGCUUUUUAGAGUGCAACGGUUUCAUAAACAUGAUGAUCUAAUAUUGACCAGUUUAGUGGGACUUGACUGAAAAAUCGUCUACUGAAUAUUGGAGAGAUCUUUUUGUUACUUGAAUUAUGUUGUUAUUUAACGUAUAGGGAACCCAUGGCAAUUUUAAAGCCUAACAGAAUACAUGAAAUUAACUGCUUACUCUUUCAAAUGGUACAGGUACAAGAAGUUCUAAAUGAAGAAUGUGAAAAGGAAGGUGUAUUUCUUGGACCUAUUCUGCGAAUUAAAUGCUUUGGGGCUGCCCAGUUCUUUAGGCCUGUAACAAUUCAACUACCAGUUUCUCUUCGAGACCGGCUGGACUUUAAACCAGAUCCCACUACAUGCAGUGUUAGAGUCUUGUUCCUGAAUUGCGAAGAGAGUAAAAAGGAAUGGGUUGAACUCACUGAUCUGGUGAAACCUGCACAGUUUGACGGAAAUUUUGUUUGGAUCCAGGUUCAACGAUUUUCUGGGUAACGAAGCUUAAAAAAUCAUUUAGUUACUUAGAAUAGAUGGACAGUUGAGCCACGCUUUAACGGAUCCAACAAUGGUAAGUGUUGGUCCAACUUCAUCCAACAUUAUUGGACACGGCAUGUAAGAUCUGUUUUAUGGUGUUGGAUGCUGUUGGAUAAGGUUUGCGUUCGCCUGUCCCUAAGCGUUUUCUCUUUUUUUCGAGAAUUCGACAGCGCGCGCCUACUUUCUCCAAGUCUUCUCAUUCUAGUUGUGGAAAAAAGGUUGAUGACUCAUGAACGAAGUGCUAACUGGCUUUUUUAACACGUUGAGAUAAGCUCUUUCUAGUUUCAAGCUUCAAAGCAACUCCCUUCAACCUGGUUCUCACUUUUUAAUUUUUGGUUUUUCCAGAUAUACCUAUCUUCUUGACUGGCGUCAAGAAAACUCCAGUGUUGAAAGACUUGGAAUUAUUAGUUACAUGACCCGAUUCUUAAGGAAGCGGCGCAGACCAGCAAGUUUCUUCGCUUACUUUCGUCCGGAUAUUCCAGACAUUUUGCGCCUUAUAUGUUGUCAUACACAUCUUACACAUACGGUGAUACAGGAUCUUGAAAAUAGAGACUUGACAUACGCUGAUGGCAGUUCAAAGCAAGAUAUGAUACCAGGAGAGGACAAGGCAUUUGUUUUUGUAUCGGGGGGAAUAUCUCCAUUCAAUGAUGAGGACGUGGAUGUUUGCCUCAGGUAAGCACUUUGUAUAAAUACAUCACAUACCAAUUCAAGAACGUGGAGAGCCUGCACAAAUUUCGCCCCUCACCCCACCCCUAAGUAGAACCUCUUUGCAAUAGGCCACUUCCGAGUUCCAAAAACUCUCAUUUUCAAAAUGAGGCUAGGUGCACAACCUUUCUUGUGAAAAUGAGUUUUAUUUGCAUGAGAAAGAAAAAUGAUUUCCACAUCAAAGGCUGAGCACCUACCCUCGUUUUGAAACAGACGCCCGGGGGAACUCGGAAAUGGCCUAUUGAAUAGUCAUGCGAAUCGGUGGUUUUAAAAUGCUUAAAAGCAUCCUUUUGACUUCGGCAGCACUUCUUUGAGGAUUUUCUUUUUUAAUACCACGUGUAACGUAUGGGUGAUACACGCGCUGGUGCAAUAUUACACAUAAAGACGAUGUCUCUCAGUUUUUAACGACGUAACUGUGGGACGCCAGUAGGGCGUAAAAUGUUUGCAGCCUGUUUUUUACCUAUCUAGUUGAUUCCGAAGUCAUCCCAGCGUGGAAAGGAAAAAAUGCAAAUUGAAUAAGUAAGGCCUUUGUCUUUUUUUAAAAUUAAGCUUACCGUAAAGGAACCGUUAUUACAGCAUGGAUAUUUUUGUUUUACAUUUGAACAGAUUAUUAGAAGAAGACAAUCUUGAGUUCAAGACUGAAUUGCGAGUUCGUGUCGUUAAAGACGAAGACCUAGCAGAAGUAGAGUUCCAUAACACCUUGACACCUACAGGAAGAACAAGUCUAUUGUGUAAAUUUCACUUGCCCAUCCAGAAAAUUCCACGCGCGGUUAGUAUUACUACUAUCGGCUUAAGACCUAUUUACAUGGAGGUGGGGGAUCCCAGGUAGGUGAGGUAACCCGCUUUGGUGGGGUAACCUGCCUGUCCAUAUAAUCUCUCAUUUUAAUUUGAUCACGUUUACAUGAUAGGUGGGGUGACCCACCACAUGUUACCUCACCUAUCUGGGGUCCCCCACCUCCACGUAAACAGGCCCUAAAACAUUUUACAGACAUUAGCCUUCCAUAGAGUGGCAAUGACAAUGACGAUGGUGAUGAUGAUGAUUUAUUGGAGUAUAUCCAGAGGGCAGCUCUACAUCUGCCAUAAUAACUAGAAAACUAUUAAAAAACAUAAGGGUAUAAAAUAAUGUAAAAACCGUAGAUACCAAAAUACGAUAAAUAAUUUGAAAAAUGCUUUAGAAAACGAAGGAAAUAGUGGUAGAUUGAGGCUCAACCUAGGCGCAGGCUAGCACUGUUACUUAGAGCUCUAGUGCACUCCUUUUUGAAAGCCUUGUAGAAUAUUAGUCUAUCCAAGCAAUCAAAAAAUUUACUCAAAUUGUAGUGGUCGUUGUAAAUCUUGAAAUCUUGCUAUUUCAAGUGACACUUGCCUCCUAUCGCGUGAUUGUUGGAGGAUUUGUGCCAGUCAAGGCAUUUUCCAAGUCACAAAAGCUACUUUUCGUUUCUGCUUCUUCUUUUCUUUUUUUAUAUUACUUACAUAAAGUUUGUCCGAAAAGUUUCUGAAGGCGGGAAACCUUUUUAAAACUGCGAGUCUAACGUGGUGAUGACACGAUGGCAACAGUUGUGAAGACUUUUUUUCCAGUUUAGGCAUGAACACUCUUUGUCUCGGUUUAUCCGUUUUUCUUACUUGUAAAGAGCUCCUGCUAAACUUUUCCGUUCUUUGGAAAAUUCCCGUAAUAUCCCUCACAGGUUCUCUCUUCGUUCACUAAAGGCCUGAAUGUCUCGAAGAAUUAGGAACUGGGGCAAAGGCUCAUAAUGGCUCAUAAUUGAGCAAAGACGAGUAAGUGCGUUUCGUUGUUAAAGCACCAGGAUAUGCCAUAUUCGACAUCAAGAAACCUUGUUUUGUCAGUCUUAUGAGUCAGUGAGUUAUUGUAAUUGUAAUUUGUUUACCCACGGAGCUCUUAGGAGUUCACAAGAACUAGUUGAAACGUUUCCUUGCGUUCCUGAUCGAAUUGGAAUUUGGAAGUGUUGAUUUUUAAGGACAGAGGAAAACCAAACCUCUCGGAGUAAGGGAGAGAACCAGCCACAAACUCAACUGGUUAUGGAGAGAACCAACAACAAACUCGGUAUGAGUUAGGGUUAGGGUUUGAGUUGGGAUUAGGGUGAGGAUUAGAGCUUAAAGUUAAGGUUUUUGUUCACGUUUACCUUAGUUUUACGGUGAGGUGACUCAUACACAUUCAAUUCUUGCCAUAUUCAGGUACGUUGAACGUCUUUAAUUAACGCGUAUACCGUAUGUAUUGCGGUGUGCGCCUUUCUUCCACACAACAUGGUUUUGUUUUGCUACUUAAUAUAUAAGUUGACAUCAUCUUUAAUUUGAUGGAAUCAGGUUUUACAAAUGUUGGCUCAAACUCUUUCUAGACGGCACCCUAUAUAAAAGUGCUAUUUUGAAUAUGCAAUGUUGGUUUGCUUUCAGGAAUGGCAGUCAGGCUUUUCUGGUAUAACACAAAGUCAUGCACAGCCUUCAAUUUUAAAAGUUUCCCUCCUGGCUGAUGAGUGGGGGUCAUCUAAGGGUGGCUUGUCAACAAUCAACAGAACGCUUGCCAUACAUUUGGCAAAACUCCCAAACGUAGAAGUCACUAUCAUUGUACCUCAAUUUGAGUGCGGUGAAGAUGACAAGAGAGCCGCCAAGGCUCAUAACAUUUCCAUCAUGGAAGUACAUCGUCGCCCUGGCUUUAGUGAUCCUCUUGAUUGGCUGAGCUUUCCACCAAGAGACCUUGACAUUCAAGUCGUGAUUGGUCAUGGUGCAAAGCUGGGUAAGCAAGCUCAAAUCAUCCAAGAGUCUCAUUGUUGCAAGUGGGUUCAGGUAGUGCACACCGAACCUGAAGAGCUAGCAAUGUAUAAGAACUAUCCUGGCGCAAUUACCAAGGGAGAAGGAAAGAAUAGAGCUGAAGUUGAGCUGUGUCAACUUGCAGAUCUCGUUGUGGCAGUUGGGCCCAAGUUGACAGAAGCAUUCUCGUCCUACUUGCGUUCAACUCAUCAAGAUGUCUUCCAGCUGAUGCCAGGCACCUUUAAAGAGUUUUCAGAUGUUGAGCAUGCUACUACGCGAGCGAGUGCGAAGUUCAAGGUGUUAACCUUUGGCCGUGGUGAUUUUGAAGACUUCAGUCUCAAAGGAUACGACAUUGCCGCUCAAGCAAUAGUUGAAUUGAAGGACAGUUCUUACCGUCUGAUCUUUGUUGGUUCACCUGAUGGAAAGCAGGAUAAAGUCGCGGAAAUCUUAUGCCAGACGGGCAUUCCAAGAAACCAGUUGUUUGUCAGAUCAUUCUUGAAAGACAAACAAAGAUUAAAAGAGUUGUUUUGUGAAGCUGAUGUGGCCAUCAUGCCUUCAAGAACUGAGGGAUUUGGUUUGACAGCACUGGAAGCCAUGUCAGCCGGUCUUCCCAUUCUGGUAAGUGGAAACUCUGGAUUUGGAGAAGCACUGCGUUGUCUUCCAAUGGGUAUGACAUUUGUGAUUGAUUCGGAUGACCCCAAGGAAUGGGCAAAGGCAAUAGCAGCUAUACAUCAAAAGUCUAGGGCACAGCGCCUUGAGGAAAUCCAAAGACUUCGAAGAAGUUAUGAAGAGAGAUUCAGUUGGGAGAGACAGUGCAAAUCCCUUGUUGACACGAUGUGGAAGAUGGUUUAUGGUAAGAAAUCAAAUUCUUACCCAAAGUAA